CUGACUGGCGGUAGCGUGUUUGAGUGUGAGCGUCGUUAGCAGCGAAUCUUCUCUGAUUUAAAGUCUGAUUUUGUUUCUCUCGGUUCUGGUUUGUUUUGUUUUAUUUGGCCGAGAUGGUGAAAUUAUCGGCGGAGUUAAUAGAGCAGGCUGCUCAGUACACCAACCCGGUCCGGGACAGAGAGCUGGAUCUCAGAGGUUACAAAAUCCCGGUUUUGGAAAACCUGGGCGCUACUCUGGAUCAGUUUGAUACCAUCGAUUUCUCCGACAAUGAGAUCAGAAAACUGGACGGAUUUCCUCUGCUGAAGCGACUCAAAACGGUUCUGAUGAACAACAAUCGCAUCUGCCGGAUCGGUGAAAAUCUGGAGCAGUCGUUACCAAACCUGAAGGAGCUGAUCCUAACCAGUAAUAACAUCCAAGAACUGGGGGAUCUGGAUCCUCUGGCGUCAGUGAAGACCUUGACUCUUCUCAGUCUUUUAAGGAAUCCAGUAACGAAUAAGAAGCACUACAGACUCUACGUCAUCAGCAAACUUCCACAGAUCCGAGUUCUGGACUUCCAGAAGGUCAAACUGAAGGAACGACAGGAAGCCGAGAAAAUGUUCAAAGGCAAACGCGGUGCUCAGCUUGCAAUGGAUAUAGCCAAGCGCACAAAAACGUUCACGCCCGGCGCCGGACUGCAGGUCGAUAAGAAGAAGACGGGUCCGUCUGUGGCCGACGUGGAGGCCAUCAAGAACGCCAUCGCGAACGCCACGUCUCUGGCUGAGGUGGAGCGGCUGAAGGGUUUACUGCAGUCUGGACAGAUUCCAGGACGAGAAAACAGACAAGGAGCACACAGCAUGGUGGAGGAGGAAGAGGAGGAGAAUGAGGAGGAGGAAAUGGUGAUGAAGGAGACGAUGUACGGUGCUGCUGGAGGGGAAGAUGAUGUAGAAGCCAUGGAGGAAGACGUGCCUGUUAAUGGAUCGUAGUGCAGUGUGUGAUGAUGAUGAUGAUGAUGAGGAUCUUGUCAGAGCUUGUUUGCUGGUUUCGUGUAUAAUUAUGUUGAGCAGAGAAACUUUGGUUAUUAAAUUUUUCUUUUGUUUAAUGUUGAAUUUUCUUUUUUGUUUUUCAAAUAAAAUAGUUUUUUGAUAUC